GGGCGUUGGAACUCAGAAGAUAGCUAGACACGAACUUGUUUCCUGUACUUCGCUCUAUCACUUCGCCCUGACAUUUAGUAAACAGCAGGGGUUUCUUUCAGCACUUGGACAAUGCAAGCCAUCAAAUGUGUGGUGGUUGGGGAUGGCGCUGUGGGGAAGACAUGCCUGCUCAUCAGCUACACCACCAACGCCUUCCCUGGAGAGUACAUCCCCACCGUGUUUGAUAACUACUCUGCCAACGUGAUGGUGGACAGUAAGCCGGUUAACCUGGGGCUGUGGGACACGGCAGGCCAGGAAGACUACGACAGACUCAGACCGCUGUCUUACCCGCAGACGGAUGUGUUCCUCAUCUGCUUCUCUCUGGUGAGCCCUGCCUCUUUUGAGAACGUCAGAGCCAAGUGGUACCCCGAGGUGCGGCACCACUGCCCCUCCACCCCCAUCAUCCUGGUGGGCACCAAGCUGGAUCUGAGGGACGAGAAGGACACCAUCGAGAAGCUGAAGGAGAAGAAGCUGGCUCCCAUUACCUACCCACAAGGCCUUGCACUGGCCAAGGAGAUAGACUCGGUGAAGUACCUGGAAUGUUCCGCCCUGACCCAGCGAGGGCUGAAGACCGUGUUCGACGAGGCCAUCCGGGCGGUUCUCUGUCCCCAGCCCACCAAGGUGAAGAAGAGAGGCUGCCAGCUGCUCUGAGCUCGCUCGCCCACUCUCACCACCUCAGGGAUCCAACACAAAGGAAAUGUUACAUUUACAUAUUAGACUAUAGUAUUUUGUUCGUCUCCUUUCUUUGAACUUUGUUUAAAAUCUGUGUGAAAGUAUACCUGGGAUACACUUCUGUAACCUCCCGCUGUUCUGGAAAGCUGUACAGUGCUGGGUACUUGAUGUGAAGCACGGAUGUGCAGGUUUGGGUGCUUUAGAAUGGUUCAGAUGUUAUCCAAUAUCCUAAACCUGUUGAUUUGUAACAACAACAUCCAAAUCAAUAGUUGAUCGUUCAUAUGAUUCUGUCAGAUGGUAUUACUGAGAUAUUGCUUUCUCCUAUUUUUCUAUGAUGUUUUGCACAAAAAUUGUGAUUAAUUUGACGAUCAAAUUCUGUCCUUGGCAGUUAUCUUGACAGAGGAGCUUGAGUCUUACAGAAACAGGAUGAGGUUUAGUGGGUUCCUCAAUAUUGGAUUAAAAACUGAGUUGACAAAAACUUCAUAUACAUUUUGUUAGCUUCAGGGCUGCGGAAUUAGGUUGUCAUGUGUCUAAAUAUGUAAUACCACAGAAUUUUGUUCAGUCUUUAAAAAUAAACUUGGCUUUUCAGAAGCAGAGGUGUAUUGAUUUUCA